UUCUGGAGCCCAGAGCCACUGCCUUUGCUGCUGCUGCAGCUGCUGUCCCCUCUCCUCCUCUGCUUCCAACUACUCACUGCUCCCCAGCCCCAGCGGUUCUCUCUCCUGGCCAUGACCACAGUGAUCCAUAGGACCCUGGCCCACCUCUGAGCCCUGGGGCCUUUGGUCCCCUCUCUUGGGCCAUGGCCAACUCAGGUCUUCAACUGUUGGGCUACUUUCUGGCCCUGGGUGGCUGGGUGGGUAUCAUUGCCAGCACAGCCCUUCCACAGUGGAAGCAGUCCUCCUAUGCGGGUGACGCCAUCAUCACAGCCGUGGGCCUUUAUGAAGGACUCUGGAUGUCCUGCGCCUCGCAGAGCACUGGUCAGGUGCAGUGCAAGCUCUAUGACUCACUAUUCGCCCUGGAUGGUCACAUCCAGUCAGCACGAGCCCUGAUGGUGGUGGCCGUGCUCCUGGGCUUCGUGGGCAUGGUCCUCAGUGUCGUGGGCAUGAAGUGCACACGAGUUGGAGACAGCAACCCCAUCGCCAAGGGCCGUGUGGCCAUCUCCGGGGGUGCCCUCUUCCUCCUGGCAGGUCUCUGCACUUUGACUGCUGUCUCAUGGUAUGCCACUCUGGUGACCCAGGAGUUCUUCAACCCGAGCACACCUGUCAAUGCCAGGUUUGAAUUUGGCCCAGCUCUGUUUGUGGGCUGGGCCUCAGCUGGUCUGGCCAUGCUGGGGGGCUCCUUCCUCUGCUGCACAUGCCCUGAGCCUGAGAGAGCCAACAACAGCCCACAGCCCUACCGCCCAGGACCCUCCACUGCUGCCCGAGAACCCGUUGUUAAAUUGCCCGUCUCCAUCAAGGGCCCCCUGGGUGUGUAAUGUCCGAGUCCCCAGCCAGGCUCUGUCCCCCUGCCACACCUAGUCUGUGUGCUUGGUAUGUUUUGGAAAAAGAAGUGAACGUUCAGUCCAAGUGUGUUGUCAUUUGCUCUGUUCUUGGCACGGCUGGGCGGGACCUGGUGUAGAGAGGUUGGAGCUGAUUCCUGGGGGUUUCUGAGUGGGUUUGCACAAAUAGGGCAAAACAGAAAGAACUUGGGGUCUUGGGGCUGGGGAUUUAGCUCAACAGCAUAAGUGCCUGCCUUGCAAGUGUGUGGUUGUGAGUUUGAUCCCUAGUACCAAUAAAAAAAAGGACAAAAAAAAAAAAAGAGAGAACUUGGGGUCUUUGGCUUGGCACCAGGACCUUCCUGAUGAGAGAUCUCACCCAGCCUUCCCCUGGCCCAGGCUAGAAGCAGACCCCUAGUCAGAGAGCCCUGGUGUGGAGAAAAGCUCACAGAUGACAAACCCCGCCUCUGGGAGCCUGCUAAGGGAAAGGACAGCCCCCAUGAGGCCUUCUGGCUGGAGCUAGGUCAGAGCUGGAUGAAGGGAUGUUGUGCAGGGGCUCCCUCUAUAGGAAGGCCAUUAGGCUCGGCUCGGCUCCACCCUAGUCCUGCCAUGGAGACAUGGUCAGAUCUCCAGGCCAGUGCACAGAUCCCAAAGACACAGUCCAGCUUCUCCUUCAGGUUUGAGUCUUUGAGGUAAAAUGAACAAAACCAAUCCCGGGAAGAUGACUGUCACACACACUGUGGCUGAAGUCACGAUGGAGAAGAGAAGCAAGUGACAGGGAGCUAGCGUGGGGUUGCCCCCAGUUCCCAGUUUGGUGACUGACGUGCAUCCACAAAGCCUCUGGCCAGAGAGGGGAGCACCUGGCCCUGAGUAGGUUUACCACAGCCCUACAGUCCUGCAGCCCACAUUCCAGAAGUGUCUCUGGUGCCUGCACCUCUAGACAUGCUGACCUAACAGGUCUAGGUAUCAGAGCUUAUGUAGCUGCCCUGAGGGAGCCUCUGAAGGCACUCUGAGGGGUCCAUGGAGUGGAGGUAAAGAUCCUCAGAAGAAAGAGGAAAGGCGAGGCUGGAGAGGAAGCACCAUCUCCCUCUGCUUUUCCGGGAGACCAGGCCCUUGGAGGAGACGCCCACAUCCUUCCGAUCAGUAUGCCUUUGUGCUGAAAUGAUUUUGAGUCUGGAUCCUGUCACACACAGCCACAAGGCCCUAACACAGAACUUAAAACCUGGAAACUCAGCGCUGCACCGAGGGCUCCUGUUAUAUGAUACCAGCUAAGCAGGGAUAGGGUUGUCCCCUAAAUAGCCAGGUAUUUAGCAGUCUUCACUAUUUGGUAAUAAAGCUGGCCAGAAAUCAUGUGUCACCUCUUGGGAUUCAUGGGCUCCACAGCCAUGGAACUUGGUGAGAAGAUGUCUAGAUGGAAUAUACUGUCCACAGCCGUCCUACCCUGCAUGUGCCCCAUCUCAGUUUGAGCAGAAGACAAUGUGCUGGCUAUUGCUUGUGGGUUUCAGGGACAGACUGAAAGAUCAGGCUCCAUGCAAGCAGGAGACCUGAUAGCAGAGAAGGAGCAGGCUUCAGUCUAUUCCUUCAUUAAAGGAAGCUUGUUUUACCUGUAGCCAGGAAUGGUGAUGGUAGUGGUGGUAACCACAGCUCGGUGCAUUCGACAACCCAUUAAUACACUGAUCAAAAAUGCCUGAGAUCCUUUCAGUGGACAGGAGAUGUCUGGAAGAAACUAGAGGAAUCUGAAGCUAAAAGAGUUUGGGGAUCCUGAAGCCACAGUUCUCCCCUGGAGUAACCCCAUUCAAAUGCCUUUGGCACCUGGGCUGCCACUGCCAGGGCCUGUUUUUUAGGCCUCCAUGAUCAGCCUGUUGUUUACUGCCUCAAGGCUAAGAGAUUGGACAGAGACCCAUCAACAUGGGACUCAGACUCAAAAAGUGUGAUCCUAAAAUUUUUGCCAUUGCUUAUUAAUAAACAUAACCCAAAAAAUAAAAUUGCCAUGGGAUAAAAUAUGAUUUUAGGCCAAACAUGGUGGCAUGCACCUAUAAUCGCAGUGCUCCAGAGGCAGAAACAGGAGGAUCUCCUUGAGUUCGAGACUAGCCUGGAUCACAUAGGGAGUUCUAGGCUAGCCUGAACUGCAUAGCAAGACCUUGUCUCAAAAAGACCAAAGCAAAAAAAACAAAACAAAACAAUUUUAGGAGGGAUAUAACUGUGUACUCAACUCCUGCAGAAAGCCCCAAACCCUAAGGGAGCUGACCAGGCAUCUCAUCUAUUGCCUGGGAAGAGGCUUGAAAAAUGUAUAUCUGAGAAUACAGUAUAUGACAGAGCAGGUGAUUUCUAGGAUUUGUUAAUAUGCAUUGUAUAUUGCUAAUAUUGUGUGUAAUGACACCGUGGUUCUCAAUUUUUUACCCUUGCGUGGUAGAAGUAUACACUGACAUGAUGGCUGGAUUUGGUUUAAAAUACUCGAGGAACAAGGAGUUCAUGGGCUGAGAAAGUUACAAAGUAAGACUCGUAAAUGCUACUGGUAGUGAGCUUCACGCUACCCUUCUGUUUGUGUUUGCUAAUGAAAGAAAAAUUAAAAACUUAAUUUUAAAAAUA